AUGUACGGCAUGAUGAUGGAGACCGACCUGCACUCGCCCGGCGGCGCCCAGGCGCCCACGAACCUCUCGGGCCCGGCCGGGGCGGGCGGGGGCGGUGGUGGGGGCGGGGGCGGCGGGGGCGGCGGGGGCGGCGGGGGCACCAAGGCCAACCAGGAUCGGGUUAAGCGGCCCAUGAACGCCUUCAUGGUGUGGUCCCGCGGACAGAGGCGCAAGAUGGCCCAGGAGAACCCCAAGAUGCACAACUCGGAGAUCAGCAAGCGCCUGGGGGCCGAAUGGAAGGUCAUGUCCGAGGCUGAGAAGCGGCCGUUCAUCGACGAGGCCAAGCGACUACGCGCGCUGCACAUGAAGGAGCACCCGGAUUACAAGUACCGGCCGCGCCGUAAGACCAAGACGUUGCUCAAGAAGGACAAGUACUCGCUGGCCGGUGGGCUGCUGGCGGCCGGCGCAGGUGGCGGUGGCGCAGCCGUGGCCAUGGGCGUGGGCGUGGGCGUCGGGGCGGCCGCGGUGGGCCAGCGCCUGGAGAGCCCGGGCGGCGCGGCUGGAGGCAGCUACGCCCACGUCAACGGCUGGGCCAACGGUGCCUACCCGGGCUCGGUAGCCGCGGCGGCUGCAGCCGCGGCCAUGAUGCAGGAGGCACAGCUAGCCUACGGGCAGCACCCAGGCGCGGGCGGCGCGCACCCUCACGCGCACCCGGCGCACCCUCACCCGCACCAUCCGCACGCGCAUCCUCACAACCCGCAGCCCAUGCACCGCUACGACAUGGGCGCACUGCAGUACAGCCCCAUCUCCAACUCUCAGGGCUACAUGAGCGCGUCGCCUUCGGGCUAUGGUGGCAUCCCCUACGGCGCCGCAGCAGCCGCCGCCGCCGCUGCUGGCGGUGCGCACCAGAACUCGGCUGUGGCGGCCGCGGCGGCUGCAGCGGCGGCAUCGUCGGGUGCCCUCGGUGCCCUCGGCUCACUGGUCAAGUCAGAGCCCAGCGGCAGCCCGCCGGCCCCUGCUCACUCGCGGGCGCCGUGCCCCGGGGACCUGCGCGAGAUGAUCAGCAUGUACCUGCCCGCAGGCGAGGGUGGAGACCCGGCGGCUGCAGCGGCUGCCGCGGCCCAAAGCCGACUGCACUCGCUGCCACAGCACUACCAGGGCGCGGGCGCGGGUGUCAACGGCACGGUGCCCCUGACGCAUAUCUAG